CGUGCGGGAUGAGGUCACGAGUGCGCCUGCGCGUCCUCCCUUCCCGCCUUAGCAACGCGUCUGGCGACGGGGGCGGAGGGGGCGACCUGGGGGCAUCAGCCUCAGGGUGACAGGGUGGCCUGGGAGGACCGGCCUGAGGGCACCGGCCUGAGGGGACCGACCUGAAGGCACCAGCCUGACAGAGCGGCCCGAGGGGACCAGUCCGAAGGACAGGCCUGAGAGGACCGGCCUGAGGGGACCAGCCUGAGGACACCGGCCUUAAGACACCAUCUCUGGCGGGGCGGCCUGAGGGGACCGGCCUGAAGGCACCAGCCUGACGGGGCGGCCUGAGGGGACCGGCCCGAAGGACAGGCCUGAGAGGACUGGCCUGGGGGGACCACCCUGUGGGCAUCGGCCUGAAGGCACCAUCCCUGACGGGGCGGCCUGAGGGGAUCGCCCUGAAGGACGGGCCUGAGAGGACCGGCCCGAGGGGACCGGCCUGAGGGCACCGGCCCUAGGGGACCGUCCUGAAGGCAUCGGCCCGACUGGGGGUCCCGAGGGCGUCACCAUGGGGCCUCCUCGACUCCUGCUGCUGCCCCUUUUCUUCCUCUGGACGGCAGAGCGGGCCCGGCCCCAGCCCGGCAACCGGUCCCUUCAGGGCACUCCUUCCCCGGGCCCGGAGCCUGCCCCUCCGGGAGGGACCCCCGACGCCCCUCUCGCAACCGGGCCCCGGCCGGCCGGGUCCUCCUCCUCCCCUGAGCCUCCGGGCUCGAGCCCCGCUGAGGCCGCCGUCACCCCGACCCUUCCCGGUGCCCCCGCCGCCGUCACCCCGCCGCCUCCGGACAACAAGACCAUCGUGGGGCCCUUUCCGGCUUUACCCAUCUGCAUCUGUGACCUUUCACCGAACACUUGUGACCUAAACUGCUGCUGUGACAGAGACUGCUACCUUUCCUCUCCCAGAGCAGUUUUCUCCUUCUGUCUUCCUGGAAGUACCAGGGCUAAGAGUUGGGUUUGUGUGGAGAAUUCACUCAUCUUCCGGAGUAAUUCCCCAUUUUCCUCAAGAGUAAACUUGAAGCCAAAUGGGCUUGGGGAGUUCUGUGUUGAGGUGAAUAACUCAAAGCUGAACUAUUUUCAGCAGCUUCAAAAAGUCAAUGCAAGCAACAUCGCCAGCCUCUCAACGAAGUAUGGAGGACCGUCCAUCAUCUCACCGCCCCCGGCCCAGUCUCCUUCCUCCGCCUUUUAUAAGGCUGGAGAUCCCAUUCUGACAUACUUCCCCAAGUGGUCUCUAUCGAGCAUGCUCAGGCAACCGGCGGGAAUUGGCGGGCUGUGUGCUGAUGGGAAUCCUGCAGGCUUUCUGGAAAGUAAAACCACAUCCUGCACCCGGAUCUUCCCCAGUGUGGCAAAAAGCUGCGCCAAGGACCCUGCGCUCUGCGCUUCCUCUUACUAUGACUUCACAGUCUUGAAGGUCCCAAGCGGUUUGGCUGAUCUGCAGAACAUGCAGGUACCUAUCGCCUCGGCCUCCCAGCCUGCACCUCCGCUUUUGAAAGGAAAUACCUGCCAUAACGUAGUUUCUCAGGUCAUCUAUGAAAUAGAGACCAAUGGGACCUUUGGGAUCCAGAAAGUUUCUGUCCGUCUGGUCCAGACUAACCUGUCUGGGACCCCGGGAGCUUCCCUGCAGCAGCACUUCACUGUGCUUUUCCGGCCCUUUAAGCGGAAUACGGCUGGUUCGCCCUCCCUUCCGAGAAGUGGAAAUCCUGGCUAUCUCGUAGGGAUGCCACUGUUGGCUUUGACAGGAGGCACCCGCCACUCCGUGAGUAUCUUACAGAGCCAGGGUGAUGGAAGCUGCUCUGAGCGCAGGCACCAGGUUCAGUUUGGGAUGAACGUGCUAGCUGGUUGCAAGCUCAGAAUAGAGGAGAGAGACUGCAGCCAAAUGCAGAGCGAGUUGUAUAAGUCUCUGCGUGGAGUCCCCAGCCCGGACCGCCUGGCCGUUUUUGGGAAUGCUGAGCUGACCCAGAAAGGAGAGUGGAUCAGGGUCCUCACCAAAAACUGUGACCCUCUGGCCGAGGGUUGUUCCAUUCCCACUGCCCUGGAGAUGCAAGUACUGUGGGCUCACACGGGUCUCCUGUCCAACCCCCAAGCUCAAGUGCUGGGAGCGCGGCUCCUCUACAAGUGCCAGGCCAGAAAUUUAUCCGUUCGCGUUACUGAGGUAUCGUUGUCGACCUCCGUGACCUUCACUGACAUCACGCGGAGGCCAGAGCCUCCACGCGGCCAACCCAAGAAGGAAUGGAAACUGCCAUUCGACUUCUUCUUUCCCUUCAAAGCCGCGUUCAACGGAGGGGCGGACUCUUCGCGAGACCUGCUUACGGCCUCUGUCCUAUCCUGUUUGUUGUUCCACCGCGUUCUCGGCCUGGAGAUGAGAUGAAGGAGAAGAAUCAGAUUCUGAAAAUCCUCAAAAUGGGAACGGUGACGCGGUGGCUUGCUCCAUCGGGGGAUUCAUUCAGAUUCCUUCCCGGAUUUGAAAAGAGGGAAGGGUUUGGGGCAGUAAAGGGCAAAAGGAAAGGGGCCACUGGACAGGAAACAGUGGGGAUUUUAGAGGAAAUAGGUGAGAACAAAAAUGUCACUCAGCUUGGCUUUCUCCUUUAGGUCUGGUAAGGCGCUGCCAAUGUGCCUUUCUGAGUGCGGAGGGGAGAAAAGUGUCCACCCUCCUUCUCUUGCACUCUCCACCUGAACCAGAUCUGACUUCACCUGCCGACUGCCGCUCCCUGUGAAUUCUCUGAAUUCGGUAGCGUUCCUUCUUCGGAGUAAAACAGGUCCGACAAAAACGAGUUAACCAGGCAGACUCAACCCGUCUAUCAUUCGAUCGCUUUUAUUGAGCACUGUACUGAGCACUUGGGAGAGUGCAGCAGAAUUAAUAGACAUGACCCAGCCUUCAAGGAAGCUUAUAGUCCAGCAGGAGAGAUGGACACAUAUAUUGCAGAUUGGAGGAAGCAGUAGAGCGUAAAAGAUAGGUACAUAGGUGCUAUAGGGGAAUUGCCUCGUAACUCCUGCCCUCACCAGCCAGUGGGCUCCUCUCCUAUCCACAGUCUCCCAAAAAGGCAUAAAAGGAAAAAGAGAAUUUCCCAGCAUCUUCCCAGGCGAAGGAAUUCCAGCACACCUGGACAACAGCGCCCUUCUUCCUUUCCUACAGGAGUGAGAGGAAGGAAAAAUGGGGUAGUCUAUGUGUCUCGGCUGGUUUUGUGAAAAGGGUUUCCCUGGAGUCAGUAUCAUAAAUGUAUUUACGUAAAGAAGCGACGAUCUCACUGAUAAAAACACUAGAACGGGAGUCGAGACCUGGGUUCUGUUUUUCUGAUUCAUUCUCUCAAGGCCUCGGGGAAUUUUUAAUAAAGAUUCCGAUAUAAUCCAA